AUGGAGCUGCUGGGUCAGCCUUCAGACCAGCUGCUGUGGUCUGGAGGCGACACAAAGUUUUUCUUCACUGAGGAGGAGGAGGCCAACGCCAGCUCAGACUGGAGGCUGAUGACACCAGAAGAGUACAACUCGAUCUAUCCACACCUGUGUGAUGAGGAGCUGGAGGACAGGAGGGCCUUCAUCCACCUUCUGAAGGGGAUGUUACAUCUGGACGGGGAGCAGAGAAUGGCCCCCCGUGCAGCUCUGGAACACCCCUUCUUCACCAGGUCCUGCCUGAACCAAGACCUCCAUAGCAGACCCUGUCUGAACAACUCCGAGUGUCUGCUGGAGGCCUCAUCAACAACAGGCAAAGACUCCCCUCGUGACCUCCUGGAGUCAGAACCAGCAGAUGUCCUUGACACGUCUUCGGAUAUCACUGAGCAAAUUGAAAAAGCCAAUGCUCACUCAAAAACUGCUUUGGUACAUGGGGACAUCAUACCCUCUCCAGCCAAGAAUGCUGUCCCAUGCACUGCCAGGGGAUGCAAGUGGCGCAAAUACGGCCGCUACGUCUACGUGCCCGUUAGUUUUUCUCGCUCAUACUCCAGGAACGAGAUGAACACCAUCAUUAGAGGCCUGCUGACCUUUCACAGCACCACCUGUAUCCGCUUUGUCUGGAGGAGGUGGUGGCAUUCCAGUUACAUCUACUUCUUCAGUGGCUCUGGCUGCUGGUCCUACCUGGGCCGUCAGAGUCGGGGCCAAAGAAUCUCUCUGAAGAAAAAUGGCUGUUUGCAUAAUGGCAUAAUUCAGCACGAGGUUCUGCACGCUCUGGGCUUCCACCAUGAGCAGGUCCGCUCUGACAGAGACGAACACGUCAGGAUCCUGUUCGAGAACAUUUUGCAAGGAAGAGAAGGCAACUUCAAGAAGGUGGAGACCAACAACCUGGGGACUCCCUAUGACUUGAUGUCUGUCAUGCAAUACUACAAGUAUGCUUUCUCCAAAAACGGCAAACCAACCAUUUUAGCCAAGUCCGACCCUGACCUCAACUUUGGAUAUUCCGAUGCCAUGACCCAAAAUGACAUUGAUCGUGUCAACCGGCUUUACCAAUGUUGUGAGUGA